AUGCUCGUCGGUAUCUGCGGAAGCGUCUGCGCCGGUAAGACAAAGGUAGCACAGUACCUCGUCGAGCACCACGGCUUCGAGAGGCUCCAUCUGGUGCCGGCAGAGGCGCCGGGGUCGAGGCACGGGCUGGCGACCGUGGACGGCGCGGACCUACCGCCAGCCAGGAACAGCAGCGAUGCGGGGUCGUCGGCGUCUCCGAGCGUCUUCGACGACCCCGAGGCUCUGUUGGACCACGUGACGGCCCGGUGGCAGAUGCGGUUCGUGACGACGGACCUGCCGGACGAGAGCGUGGUGGACGUGUACUCGCGCCGGCCGUUCUUCCUGCUGAUAUCCAUCGACGCGCCGCUGACGGUGCGUUGGCGACGGUUCCUACGACGGCAGGAGGAGCAGGCGCAUCCUGCCUGCGGCGACGGCGACGGCGACGGCGCACACGUCGCCGAGCGGAUGAGCUCGCUGGAGGAGUUCGUGUCGUACAACGACGGGUACCUGUACGACGCGGACCGGGGCAUACAGGCCAUCAUGUCGCGGGCGACGGUGCGGCUGCUCAACACGUCGUCGUCGCUGGCGCACCUGUACGCCACGCUGGGCAAGCUGGAGCUGACGGACCCGGAGAGGCUCCGGCCCGGGUGGGACUCGUACUUCAUGUCCCUGGCGUCGCUGGCGGCCCAGCGGUCCAACUGCAUGAAGCGCCGGGUCGGGUGCGUCCUCGUCGGCCGGGGGAGCCGCGUCAUCAGCACCGGGUACAACGGGACGCCCAGGGGCCUGAGGAACUGCAACGAGGGGGGUUGCCCGCGCUGCAACGACGGCGGUUGCUCGUCCGGCGCCGCCCUGUCGACCUGCCUGUGCCUGCACGCGGAGGAGAACGCGCUGCUGGAGGCCGGCAGGGACCGCAUCCGCGAGGGCGCCGUCCUGUACUGCGACACGUGCCCCUGCCUCACAUGCAGCAUCAAGAUCUGCCAGGUCGCCAUCUCCGAGGUCGUGUACGCCCACGGGUACAAACGGACAUGA